GUCAGCCUGCCUAUGUGUGUGUGUAAGUGUUGCUGCGCUGAAAAACACUUUCCGUUUCCGCAAAUGUUUGAAUUAACAAAAAAAUCUUUGCAAAUUUUUGCAAGAAAUAUUUCACUUAAUUUGAACACUAUUCGCACGCAUACAAUUUCUUGAGAUUAAUUUUAAAAUUGUGUAGCGUUUUAUUUUGCGUACUUCACACAGAGUGAUCACUGCCAAAUCCACUUGAGAAAUCACAACGAAAUCAAUUUGCAAGGCAGUUUUAUAAAACUCCUUAAGCCGUCUUGAAAUCAAACUUUAUUUAAAACACCAAACGAAACGACAAGGCAGGCGCAAAACUUAAAUGCAAAACACCGCAAACGGAGACGAAGACGGAAACCUCGCGACGCACUAUCACGUUUAACAAUCGCGACGACGAGCGCAUUUGUUAUAUUCAAACGCAAAUUCAAAGAUCAACAUGAGGCCGCGUCGCUGCUGCGGCAAGUCUAGGCAGACUGCAAUGUUGCCGGCGCACAUAAAAAUCCCCGAUGCAGAUAAGAGAGGGUAAUCUCAAUUGAGGUAUAAUGGGUAGUGGGUAUUUUCUUAAACUGAAUGUGUACGUCCACAUUUAUAAUUAAAUACUAAAACAUAUACUAAAACAGUUAAUAUAAGUUGUUUUGUACGCGAAAAGUGCUAUCAAAUAUUGUAUAAGAAUUUGAUUAACAUAUACAAUUAGCUACUUAUGGCAGCAUUAAACAACAGCUGUUCGCAUGUAUAUUUUACCACUGCCUUCCAAAUGUUUAUUUUCCAAAAUUUUUGUUUGUGCUUUAUCAGUGUUUUAUUUAUUUUUUAACUUCUUCUACUUUAUUGCCAUAUUUAAAAGCUACAUGAUAUCAACCACGCAAAACCCUGUGAGGAUUCCUCAAAGAUUUUGCAAUCAAAAUUAUUAUGAAAUCAAAUUAAAUCUUUUUUUAAACAAAUGAGUACUUCUUGAAUAUCACAUAUGCCUAAGCGAUGCUGAAUAUAGUUACAACACGUAAUAUAUUAUAAUAUAAUGUAGUUUUCUUAUAGCAUAACUCCUUUCCUUAGAAAAGUUAUCGAUAUGUAGUGAAAACAUUUCCUAAAUUUCUUGCGAACAAUGUUGAGCAAAGUGGCAAACCUAAACAUACAGUUUCAAUAGCACCGUGAGCAUUGAGUUGCUUUUGGUUACCCUAUUUCAAGUUCACACGUUCGGCAUUAUCGAAAAGAGUGGUUAAAAUCGGGAUAUCUAUUGCAAGAGUCUAAUUACAACUUUAAAAUUCUAUUGCUACCGUUAUAAAAUUGUAAUAAAUUAACUUUAAAAAUGUCUUUCGAAGAGUUGCUACAAGACGCAGGUGAGUUAAGUAGAUUCCUUGGCGAGGCUACACGUCCAAGAGUGCGAAAUACUUUGUUACAAGCAAAAGCGGAGGUUGAGAAGGAAAUUGUGAAUUUAGAAAUGAAACAACGAAUUGCAGCAGAAAAAAAGGCAGUCGGAGCAACGCCAAAAAGGUAUUUGGUGGAAUUGAAUGAGUAUGCAUGGGAUCAAAGUGACAAGUUUGUAAAGUUGUUCGUCACGUUGGAAGGUGUCCAAAACAUUGACGAAUCGAACGUUGUCGCCACCUUCAAUGAAAAUUCAAUGGUUUUGCAUGUUAGCGAUCUGAAUGGCAAAGAUUACGGAUUGACUAUCAAUAACUUGCUCGACAGCAUCAAUGUGGAGAAGAGCUAUCGCAAAGUGAAACAAGGCAUGGUGGCCAUUUAUAUGAAGAAAAACAAUGAAGGCAAGCACUGGGAUCACUUAACUACCAUACAAAAGCGUCUGAAGCAGAAAUUAGAUGAUGAAUUUAAGAACUCUGAUGAUGCCAACCCGGAAAAUGCGCUCGUAAAUAUAAUGAAGAAGAUGUACAACAGCGGAGAUUCGAAAACUAAACAAAUGAUUGCUAAAGCGUGGACUGAAGGCCAACAAAAAGCACACCUUGGGCAAGAGCCUGAAAUGUAGUUUGAAAAGUUCAAAAAAUGUUUACACUACACAUACAAUUUUUGUUUCUUAUUAAGCAGUUCAUAGUUACUUCGAAUACGAAACAAUACAUUCUAAUUUGCGAUAUUUUGUAGAGCAUACUGGUAUACAGAUAUUUAUUUUUUUGUAAUAUUUUAAGUGAUAAUAGAAACAGAUAUUCCAAGAAUAAAA